CCCCACCCGUCCCUUCCCUUAUCAGCACCCGCGGCCCCGGCAGCGCCGACGCAGGCGCACUGCACCGCGCCGCCGCCAUUUUGUGUCCGAGCCUGUGGAGCGAUUAAACCGUGCGCGGAGCUGCUUCUUUGGCGGCAGCGGCGGUGGCGGUAGCCGGUGCGGGUGCGCGGAGCUGGCCAGGGACGCCGGGUGGCCGGAGCGGUGGAGCGGCGGCGGAACGGGCGCUGCAGGGGGUGUGGCGCGGAGAAUGAUCACAGAUCUGGAGCCAAAGAACAAGAUGCACUAGUGGGCAGAUAGCUAACAAGGGGCUUGAGAGUUCUGUUUUCCCUUCUCAAACUGACUUUGCAGUCACGGAGAGGGUACAAAGUGGUAUGAUUCCGGGGUACUUGAAGUCACAAGAUAAACAUGACCCAUCUUCUUGGAGCUUCAAUUGUGCUCAUUGAGGGGGCGGUGAGUUAAGUAAUUUGACUGGAAGGGGAAAUGGAAGGUGAGGCGGUUGAAGCCAUUGUGGAAGAGUCUGAAACUUUCAUUAAAGGAAAGGAAAGAAAGACUUACCAGAGACGCCGGGAAGGGGGCCAGGAAGAGGAUACUUGUCACCUGCCCCAGAACCAGACUGAUGGGGGUGAGGUGGUCCAGGAUGUCAAUAGCAGUGUACAGAUGGUAAUGAUGGAACAGCUGGAUCCCACCCUUCUUCAGAUGAAGACUGAAGUAAUGGAGGGUACAGUCGCUCCAGAAGCAGAGGCUGCUGUGGACGAUACCCAGAUCAUAACCUUGCAGGUUGUAAAUAUGGAGGAACAACCCAUAAACAUAGGAGAGCUUCAGCUUGUCCAAGUACCCGUUCCCGUGACUGUACCUGUUGCCACCACUUCAGUAGAAGAACUUCAGGGGGCUUAUGAAAAUGAAGUGUCUAAAGAGGGCCUUGCAGAAAGCGAACCCAUGAUAUGUCACACCUUACCUUUGCCUGAAGGGUUUCAAGUGGUGAAAGUGGGGGCCAAUGGAGAGGUGGAGACGCUAGAGCAAGGGGAACUACCGCCUCAAGAAGAUCCUAGUUGGCAAAAAGACCCAGAUUAUCAGCCGCCAGCCAAAAAAACAAAGAAAACCAAAAAGAGCAAACUGCGUUACACAGAGGAGGGCAAAGAUGUGGAUGUGUCUGUCUAUGAUUUUGAGGAAGAGCAGCAGGAGGGUCUGCUAUCGGAGGUUAAUGCAGAGAAAGUGGUUGGUAACAUGAAGCCUCCAAAACCAACAAAAAUUAAAAAGAAAGGUGUAAAGAAGACAUUCCAGUGUGAGCUUUGCAGUUACACAUGUCCACGGCGUUCAAAUUUGGAUCGUCACAUGAAAAGUCACACUGAUGAGAGACCACACAAGUGCCAUCUCUGUGGCAGGGCAUUCAGAACAGUCACCCUCCUGAGGAAUCACCUUAACACACACACAGGUACUCGUCCUCACAAGUGCCCAGACUGUGACAUGGCCUUUGUGACUAGUGGAGAAUUGGUGCGGCAUCGUCGUUAUAAACACACCCAUGAGAAGCCAUUUAAGUGUUCCAUGUGCGAUUACGCCAGUGUUGAAGUCAGCAAAUUAAAACGUCAUAUUCGCUCUCAUACUGGAGAGCGUCCGUUCCAGUGCAGCUUGUGCAGUUACGCCAGCAGGGACACAUACAAGCUGAAAAGGCACAUGAGAACUCAUUCAGGGGAAAAACCUUAUGAAUGUUACAUUUGUCAUGCUCGGUUUACCCAAAGUGGUACCAUGAAGAUGCACAUUUUACAGAAGCACACAGAAAAUGUGGCCAAAUUUCACUGUCCCCACUGUGACACUGUCAUAGCCCGAAAAAGUGAUUUGGGUGUCCACUUGCGAAAGCAGCAUUCCUACAUUGAGCAAGGCAAGAAAUGUCGAUACUGCGAUGCUGUGUUUCAUGAGCGCUAUGCCCUCAUCCAGCAUCAGAAGUCGCACAAGAACGAGAAGCGCUUUAAGUGUGACCAGUGUGAUUAUGCUUGCAGACAGGAGAGGCACAUGAUCAUGCACAAGCGCACCCACACCGGGGAGAAGCCUUACGCCUGCAGCCACUGCGACAAGACCUUCCGCCAGAAACAGCUCCUCGACAUGCACUUCAAACGCUACCAUGACCCCAACUUUGUCCCUGCAGCCUUUGUCUGUUCUAAGUGUGGGAAAACCUUUACACGCCGGAAUACCAUGGCAAGACAUGCUGACAAUUGUGCUGGUCCAGAUGGCGUAGAAGGGGAGAACGGAGGGGAAACAAAGAAGAGUAAACGUGGCAGAAAAAGAAAGAUGCGUUCCAAAAAAGAAGACUCCUCCGACAGUGAAAAUGCUGAGCCAGACCUGGAUGACAAUGAGGAUGAGGAGGAACCUGCUGUGGAAAUUGAACCCGAGCCAGAGCCUCAGCCUGUGACCCCAGCCCCACCACCUGCCAAGAAGCGGAGAGGACGCCCUCCUGGCAGAACCAACCAGCCCAAACAGACCCAGCCAACAGCCAUCAUCCAGGUGGAAGACCAGAAUACAGGUGCAAUUGAGAACAUUAUAGUUGAAGUCAAAAAAGAGCCAGACGCGGAGCCCGUGGAGGGGGAGGAAGAGGAGGCCCAACCAGCUGCCACAGACGCCCCCAACGGAGACCUCACGCCCGAGAUGAUCCUCAGCAUGAUGGACCGGUGAUGGCGGGGCCUUGCUCGUCGCCAGGACUGCUCUGGGCUGUGUUUAAACGGCCCGCAUCUUAAUUUUUCUCCCUUCUUUCUUCUUUUGGCUUUGGGAAAAGCAUCAUUUUACACCAUUUUACCAAACAUACUGAGAACUAAAACUUCAAGGAUGAUGUUAGAAAAAUGUGAUUUUACUAGAACUUGCUGUCUGAUGUUAGCAAAUCAUGGAAUGUUUUGAGUCUCUGAGGGUUUACUGUGAAGUGCUGAGGACAGUGUUGAUGCCUAACUGGUUUUCUUAGAUGGAAACAGAGACAUUGAACCCUCUCUCUUGCAAUGGUAAACCACUCCAGAAUGACCACCGGGUUUCCCAGAGUUCUAGGUCUUCUUCCCAGGAGAGUUUUUAAUUGUAAAUGCAGACUUGGGAAGGACUUACACUUUUAAACUGGUUUUUGCUUCUGCUUCUCCCUGACUCCCUUUGCUCGGAGCCAGCUGCACACCAGUAGUACGGCAUGCUGCGGUCGGUGUCUGUCCUGAAGGCUUUGCCUCUUUCUUGGCAAAGUUUCUGUAUGGUCAAGCUUGUAAAUAACUUUUUUUACAUUUUAAUCUUUUCCAUUAAUUAAGAGGUUGAAAAGAACUGCAGUGUAAGAAAACCCAGCAUUUUAAUUACUUGCAAAUUAAGUUACCACAGACUCUGUCGUGUGUAAAUGUGGACAAGGAAUUGGAUCACAAUCAUGUAGCAGAAUGGCACCGAGACUGCUGCCCGCUAGCGACGGAUGCCCACACGGAAGAUCGUGAUUUCCAGCCCGUGGAGCCAGCAUUUGAACCUUGUACAAUUAACUUUCAGUUAUGAUUUCCCAUCUACAUUUUCUUUGCUCUGUUUGUAGCUGAAUUUUGUGUUUUAUAACUCCUCUGUUCAAGCAGAAGGGUGAUUAUGAGUGGGUCACAGCAGCCCUUAAAAGCUGGGCCAGAAAAUUUCACUAGGUCAGUAAUUUAAACUUUGGAUCUGCAAAACAAAAUAAUAAUGUGAAACAAAACCAACUAAAAAGUGAUUCUUGCACAUGAACUGUCACACGUUUGAAAUGUGUUUUUUAGAGAGCCUCAGUCUUGCUGAUUUCAAACACUUUUCUCUUCUGUGUAUUGCUUUUAAAAGAGCCAUCAGUUAGCUAUCAGACUCUAGGUUGAUGCAUUUUGUACUUAGCUGUACUGUGUGAUAUUUUUCAUUAUUUUAGGACGCCAACAUGAGACCUGUAAUAAAAUAUGUAAUGGGGUUGAAAGCUGGGGAGGAGGAUCUACUGCUGUACAGCUAAUAAAUCAUAACGGAUUAACAAGUGCUCCA